CCUUUUUCUUAAUUAUCCGGAAGUUAAAAGAACGUGGAAAGGAAAUCGUUAUCAGUCAGUGAACUUGACCGUAACCGUCACGCGUGUCAGCCAACGCACAGCUACACAACUGGAUCCUGUGCGCUUCAUGACUCAAACUCCGACACUUUUCAGCUGAACCUAAUUAGAUACACCUGGACGGUCUGGGACGAUUCAGUGUGCCUUGAAUGAAUGAAUGAAUGAAUGAAGUCGGUGUUGGUGCUGAAACUGCUCCCAAGCGUCGCGGUGGCCAAAUAAAGGCCUCAGUCACGAGCCACGGUACCCUCACAGGUAUUUUCCUGCUGUGUGGUGGUCACCGGCUGCAGCUUGAUGCUUCCCAGUGUCCUCCGCUGUGCUCGGCCCAUAUCCUCCCAACUCGCCUCAACCCGUCCUUUGGUCCACAUCAGUCCGCAUAUGGAUCCAGACCCCAGCCGGCCCGUUGAAAGGGUGAUCAGAACCAAACUGACUGACGAGUUGAAGCCGGACCACUUAGAGGUCCACAAUGAGAGUCACAUGCACGCUGUUCCCCCUGGUUCUGAAUCCCAUUUCCGUGUCCUUGUUGUCAGCUCCAAGUUUGAGGGCUUGCCAUUGAUUCAGCGCCACCGCCUGGUUAAUGAAGCUUUGAAGGCGGAGUUAAGCAGCUGUGUUCAUGCGCUGGCGAUCCAGGCAAAGACUCCUGAGCAGUGGCGGAGCAACCCCACCCUGGCAAAGAGUCCGCCCUGCAUGGGCGGUUCGAGAGGCGAUCACACGGUGGAGGAGAAACUGAAGGCUGGGCGGGACUAAAGUGCUGGACUGCGAGCAUGUAACCAUAAACGGCACUGAUAUUUGGAGGCAUUUUACCAUCUAGGUGCUGAAUGAAUACAACACAGGGGAUGCACACUAAUUCUAUAAGCUACUGUAAUAUUUCUAAUUUAAUAUGUUUUGCUCACAGCUUUCAGUAGAUUUAGAUGAGAAGAAAUAUUACUCUCAGAAACACCUCUAAUUAUCUGUAUAUUUGAAUUUACGGUGCAACCGAGGUCUUCAAAAAAAGCCGUGCUUGAAUUUCUGUGAUGAUAAUAAACGUAGUCUUACAGUUAAUUCGUGAGACUGAAAAUUGAAAGUUUGGGAGAAGUUAUUCUAGCAGGGAGAAUAUUUAUUAAAACUGUAGUGUCACAUGUGAAACUCCCCCUGAGUACCGGGUUAAUACCUGAGUGCAGUUUGUUUUGUUACUAAGAAGUAUGAAGAAACGAGUCCUCCAUCUUUGCCCAAAGGAUUAAUUUGUCAUUUUUCAGAUGGAUACACUACAAAGUAGAUUCAAAAUAGCCAUUUUUUUGUGCUGGAUGGCUCAACAGUAAAAGACGCAUUAAUGUCGGGGAUGUCUGUGCAUCUUCAAGCAACCUGUAACUAAAUCAGGUGCUUACAGCACAGACUGUCUGUGAUUCUCACUGGAUUAUUGGUGAACAGGAUUUGAGGUGUAAUGAAUAAUGUAUCCAAAAAGUUGCAGUGAUAUGUGUCCAAAUGCUACACUGCCAACACGCUGCCAGAAUCACAGAGAAGUCCAGAAAAUAAUUUCCUUUGUCUUUUCUGAACCUCUUUUCCUUACAUUGAUGGAAAAUGUCCCUGAAGAUGUGAAGACAACUGUUCUUCCAGUAAACUGCUUCAUAAUAUCGUGGCUGAUGAAACCUGCUGUGGUGAAACUACACUGUCCCAAAGAUGGACACUUUAACCUGCAUGAAUCCAGGUUAUAUGAAAGCAAAAAAACAGGGAAAAAUAUCAGUUCAUUACCAAGAUUAAUUAAAAUAAAUCCUAUGAUGUGAAAUAAAAU